CUUCCUCCCUGCCUUCCCUUCCCCCGUUUUGUUUUGUGCGGCGACUCCGGGAGCGUGACGGAGGAGGCGCUCAGAGCAGCGCUUAUGCAACCGGCUGACCUACUAACACACAUUCGCCGGGCGAAGGAAGGAGGGCGGCGGCGGCGGCGCUGGGCGAGGAGGCAGGCGCUUGGCGGGGCGAGAGGAGCGCGACGGAUCCCUGGACGCGGCCGCUUCUUCCCAAAGAGGUACCGGGGCUCGGGGCGCGUCUGCGAUUGCGGGAUCCGGGGCGCGGAGCUCCCGCCCCUCCCCCGGCCAGGGCGGCGGCGGCGGCGGCGGCUCCUGGGUCUCUGCUCGCCGGGCAGAGAGAGAGAGAGAGAGUCGCGGCGGGUGCAUGUGCGUGCGCGCUUUGUUUGUGGGAACGGUGUCUUGCGUGCAGCGAGCAUGUGCAGCUUUGUUUUGGGGGCUGCGUUUUUGUGCGUAUGUGCCCAGCAGCCCGCCCGCUCCCUGCUCAAAGCAAAGCAAAGCAAAAGCUCGCGGGGACGCACAAUGCAGCCGGAGAAGUUCUCCUGCACAGCCACUCGCGUUCUUGGUGUGAAGUGGAGCCGCGCGCGGGGCCGGGGGCGGCGCGGGGAAGAUCCGCUUGCGCGCAACUCCCCCGGCGGGUCUGUGCGCACACGCGCGCCCCGGCUCGCGCGCGCAACAACACUAGCAAGCCUGCGAGUGGGCCUCCACUCCUGCCCAGCCUGACCUACUUUUUGGGGGGGUGGGGAAGGGCGUGAGGGUUUUGUGUGUCUGUGCGAGGCAGCCAAGAACCCUUUGACAUGAAAGAAAUGAGAUUGGGGAAAGCUUGCUUUCGGGAGAAGAUCGGUUUAUCACCAGAGCCGGGAAGACGUCGUGGUGUGUUUUUGCUUGUUGCUGCUGUUCCAGUAAAAUAAUUUGGGCAUUCUGAUGCACACGGGUUAAACUUGCACGGGUUUGUUUGCAGCUGAGCUUCCCGCCUCAGAAUAUAGCGGAGUGCCUCUGAGCAUGUGCAGGGUCGCUGUGCCACACUGUUGAGGAAGCAUAGAGCAAUGCAUGGCACCCGCGUGAAAGUGGGAGGGAAGAAGCUGGGUAAGGCGUGUCUAGCUGAAGAGAGUCACUUCCAAACAAGCUAGCGCGCUCUCUUUCUCUCUCCAAAUGAAGUCCUCUACCUGACCACAGGAAUGUGGGUAAGGAAGUGUGUAAUCUGGCGACUGGUUAACGCAGUACGGUCAAUUUCUCUCCCGAACCCCCCCUCCAGUAUUUAAACUUGCCACUUGCACAACUCCAUACCCACACAAACAAAACCUUGCACCCUCUGUUCUGCAGGGGUUGGGCAGAAAGAAGGUUGGUUGACUGACCCCCUGGCCAAAUGAUGGGGCAGCAGCUUGUGCUUGUUACAGAGAUUCUUGCCAAGAAUAAGGAACUAGGUGAUCUAGAAGUGCGCUCCUUAUCUCGUAACACAGAUCACUUAUGGCUUAACUGCAAGGUGAUAUUGAGCAUGCUCUCAUGCUUUCUAAACUUAAAAAUACAAAAGUGGACUCCAGGGAUUUUAGUUAAAGAGAGAAAACCACACAGGGCUCUUCUUUGUCGUCUAUGUACAGUAUACUCUGCUAAAAUUAAAUUUCUGCAUCAAGGUAAAUCUAGAUUCUGUACUGGGGGAAUGCAGUAUCCUGGAGGAUUGUUGAAAGUACCGUAUUUUUUGCUCUAUAAGACUCACUUUUUCCCUCCUAAAAAGUAAGGGGAAAUGUGUGUGUGUCUUAUGGAGCGAAUGCAGGCUGCGCAGCUAUCCCAGAAGCCAGAACAGCAAGAGGGAUUGCUGCUUUCACUGCACAGCGAUCCCUCUUGCUGUUCUGGCUUCUGAGAUUCAGAAUAUUUUUUUCUUGUUUUCCUCCUCCAAAAACUAGGUGCGUCUUGUGGUCUGGUGCGUCUUAUAGAGCGAAAAAUACAGUACGUAACUCAAGUAAACCUCUAACAUCCUGGAUGGAUGCUGAAUUUCCAUCCCUGCUAUACAUCUUGCCUAGCUCAGACUCAUAUUCAGGACUAAAUAGUGUUCAAAAGGCAGCGUAUCAGCUUUUGAGUUACACAACAUGUUGCUUAGUCUAGAUGGUGAUUUCCCUUCCUUUCAAAAAGAGGGAAGAAUAUGUUUCUGUUCAUCUUCUCCACAAGUAGAAGUAUUAUUUCCUUUUAAAACACUUUCUUAACUAUCCAGUCACAGGAAGAGUUGUGUGUAACUCAAAAGCUCACACGUUGCAUUAGAAGCACUGAUUGUGUAAUGGACAGUAUUUCUCUGAUUGUGAUCUUUGCUCUGCCAGGCUGAGAGGGUCAGCUGAUCUUAAAGUACAGCAAAUUACUAUUAAGAAUGCACUUGCAAUCCUCUUCCCACACAAAGAUAAACACACCGCCUGCAGAUGUGUGUUCAUGUGCAUUCACAAGUACAAAUGGAUAAAUAUAUUUAAGGGUUUGAGAUGGGAGUUUGUGGAUAGCAAUCUGUGACAAAAUCACCCUAUUUACCCCAUCCUAAUUAAUAGCUAUCACCUAGAUCCAUGCUAACCUUCACUGCUGUAGCUUAUCACCCCCUCCUUUCUUUUAAAGCAUGCACUGAAAGUUUAUAAAAAGCCCAUAGCCAUCCUGAUUUCAUAGAAACACAGAAUUGUAGAGUUGGGAGGGAUCCAGCGGAUCACCUAAUUCCGUUCCCAGCCAUGCAAUAAUUUUGAGCAUGGCAAUAUUUGUGGUGUCCCUCCAAAGCGCUCAGGACACCCCCACCACAACCAACUUGUAAGGUAGGCCGAGUGCGCAUCUGGCCUGAGAUCACUCUGUGAGUAGGACUUGACCGAGGUCUUGGCAACCUGCGUCUGCCACUGUCCUGCCGAGGGCUCUCCAAUCCAGGUCAAGUGAAACCUUGAUCACAUAACCUGGGUGGAGUUGGCUGGCUAGUUAGAGUUGGUAAGAAGCGCUCAGGGCUGCUGAGUGGAACCUCUGAUUCUCUGGGUGGAGUCACAGUGCAAACAGCAUCAGUUGUGUAUGUUGCAUUUGCAGGAUAUACUUGCUUCCUUUCUUGUGCUUUGAGGGAUUGACAAAGGAAUCGGAGAGGUAUUUGGGCUGUCAAACCACUAGAUUUACCCAUCUCCCUGCAACACACUGAGCACUGAACAGACUUCUUCAGUCUCUUGUUUCCCGUCUCUGACCACUAGUCACCACUCCCCUCCCAGAACUCAGACUCGGAGCAAAGCAUUCCUGCUCCCAUCCUCCUUUACCACACCCUGUGCUGCCCCCCCCCCCCCCCGUGCCCUAAACAUCAAGGCAUCGGUUGGUUUCCAGAGCCAAACGCAAUUACAGGCAUCCUGAGUCAUUUCAACAGCUAUGCAAAACUUGUAACCCCAGUCGUGGCCAAGAGCUUAGGCUCCUGGGAGGAGAUCAGUAUGUUCCUUAGCAAUGGAAACUCUGGACAAAGUCUAAGCAAGAGAGAGAGAGAGUGUACGUACGUGCUGUUGUGUAGCACGGAAUGGCUUGCUUGCUGCCACAUGCAAAGCCUCGCCCCAGAGUUGAGCAAUCUUUGCUUUAGAAAGCCUUUCUGCACCCUUGAGGAGGCUCAGCAGGCCAAACACUCGCAUUCAGAGCAGCAAGGGGGAGGCGUCCGGAGGGAGGUGGGGAUGGCAAAGUCAGUUGUGAAAUCGGAGAGGUUGCUGGCCAGUCAGCCACAGAGCAGAGCUUAGCUCUUGAGGUUGCCCGUAGGAAGAGUUGCUGUUUCACUGACCCCUGCUUCUGUACAUCUAACAGCAGCUUGAGCUCCAGACACCAGUAAGUGAUAAAUCACUGCUUGGUGUGGACAGAGCUUUGCCUGCGUAUGUUUACAGAGCAAAACUCAUUUUAAAAAGCUCAGAAGCUUGUCCAGGCUGCCUUUAUUUGCCCCCUGCUUAUUGGGCAACCCACACCUUCUCCUGCACGGGCUGGAGCUGGUGACAGUUGUGGCCCAUCACUUCAGGAGAGCCCCAGUUGGGCAAGGCCUGGUUGCUGCUGGGGCGGCUUGUGUCUGACUCUGCGGCCAUUUGCAGGGUGCACCUGCUGCUGAGCGAGCCACCUCUUGCGACAGUCUCUUGCCCUUUGGGGUUCCGCUGUAGGGAACCUCAAAGCGUGUCUUGACCUACUUAGCCCUAACCACUACCUUUAUUUGUUAAUCAUAUUUGCAUUGCACAUUUCAGAGGCCCAGAGUGAUGUUUGUGUGGUGUGUGUGUAUGUCCUCUUUUAACUCACCAUGAUCUGAUGAAGGCCACUCAACGCCUGGAGGGCAGUGUGAAUCCAUGCUCUCCAGGCCAUGCUCAGUACUUGAUCCGUUUGGUGUCUGGGGUGGAAAUUAAUCUUGGCCUAGGAGUGCCACUAGGGUUGCCAUACUUCCGGAAUUUUCUGGACAUAGCCAGUAUUCGGCAUCUGAGGAGCGAAAAUCGCUGAAAUAUCCAUGAAAAUCUGGAUGCAUGGCAGCCCAUGUCUCUUUUUUGUUGAGAUCAACAACUUUGGCCAAAAAAAAGCUCAGCAACUUUUGUGCUCAGACUUUCACUUUUUUAAAUAUGGCAACCCUAAGGACAACCUUCUUCACAAGCCUACUCUUUAGCCUGUUUUUCCACCUGCUUUAUUUCUAUGUGUCAGGCUAGCUAAUGGAUCUGUGGGUUAAACCACAGAGCCUAGGACUUGCCGAUCAGAAGGUCGGCGGUUCGAAUCCCCGCGAUUGGGUGAGCUCCUGUUGCUCGGUCCCAGCUCCUGCCAACCUAGCAGUUUGAAAGCACGUCAAAGUGCAAGUAGAUAAAUAGGUACCGCUCCGGCGGGAAGGUAAACAGCGUUUCUGUGUGCUGCUCUGGUUCGCCAGAAGCGGCUUAGUCAUGCUGGCCACAUGACCCGGAAGCUGUAUGCCGGCUCCCUCGGCCAAUAAAGCGAGAUGAGCGCCGCAACCCCAGAGUCGGCCACAACUGGACCCUUUACCUUUACCUAGCUAAGACCCCAGAGCUCUCCCUCCACCGGCCAAAAGUGAAACCCGUAGCUUGAUCUUUUCCUGACACCCCCCUCCCUUGUUGAUGUUAAAUAGUGAGAUUUUCUGCUUUACAAUAUUGUCAUCUCCCCCACCCCACUGCACCGUCCCCGCAGCCCCAUAUUGUGUGAUUGCCGCCUUUGUCUCUGUGCGUUUAACACACUGCCAGAUGGGCAAAACAUCAACAGGUACAUUUCCCCCUAUCGCUGUAUUUUAAGGUAUGGCUGCUAAAUUUCUGCCUGCCGUGCUGCUUACAUAAUGCCUCGGUGGGGUGUGUGUGUGGAGUGGCAAUCCUAGCAUGUGUGUUUAGAGAUUUGAUUAUGCAGAAUAUUGCCUAGUGAUGAGGAAGGGAAAGGGGAGGAGGAAGAAGAAUUACAGUGGCUCAUCUCCAACCCGGAGAGGAACAGAACAUUCCUGCUUGGAAAGCAGACACUGUCAUGUAAUGUUACAUCAUUAAGCGGUUGUGGGAAGCCCUGCAGGGAGGGAGCAGAGAGGAGGGGAUCUCAUUUUGGAAGCUGCUAGUCAUAGGGCUAAGCAAAGGGAAGAACCUGCAGAGCAAACAAUAUCAGUCACCUAAGGAAGAAGACUUGGGAAGGGUUAUCUGCCACGGGCAGUCCAAAGUUACUCGGGAAAUCUAUGACUGAAGACAAGAAUGGGGAAUGUUGCUCCUGCCCCGGCUUGUCCUGUUUUAUGGAGAUGAAGUAGGAAAACCUAAGCUGCUGAAUUUGUGUUGUGUUGUGCUGCUCUUACAGGCAGGGCGGUGAGGAAGUUGGUGACUGACAGCAGCUGUCAGAGCAGCUUCCCAUUCCCUCUGCUUACAAUUCCCCCUCUUUGUAUCUGCUAACUGAGGAUAAGCUUCAUGGUGGAAGAUGAAGGGCAGAUAAUUGCUCCUGAACCAGCCUUCUCAGGAAGGCAUAAAGUGGUGGCAAAAGGCCAUUAAGUAAUUAAUUCUAGGCCUUAAUUGACAUGAACAACAAGUAAAUCACCGGGCCCGGAUAGCAUCCAUCUGAGAGUUCCCCAGGAACCCAAAUAUGAAAUUGCUGGUCUUCCACCAAAAAUAGGUACCGUAUUUUUCGCCCUAUAGGACGCACCGUCCCAUAAGGCGCACCUAGGUUUUUUGGGGGGAAAUAAAGGGGAAAAAAUUAUUUCCCCCCCCAGCCCGAGCUUCCCCUGACCCCAGCCCCCAAACAGGCAGCUCUCUGCAAGCCGUGGGAGCCCAGCGCUGGCUCCCGCUGCUUGCAGAGAGGUCCGCGAAGCCUGGACGCGCUGAGCUCAGCGCGCGCAGGCUUCAGCAUGCAGGCACCUCUCCGCAAGCAGCGGGAGCGCAGCGCUGGGCUCCCGCUGCUUGCGGAGAGGUGUGCGAAGCCUGCAUUCGCCCCAUAGGACGCACACACAUUUCCCCUUCAUUUUUGGAGGGGAAAAAGUGUGUCCUAUGGGGCGAAAAAUACGGUAACUUGUCCAUAAUAUCAGCCUCCACGUUUUAGGAUUGGAAAGAGACCAAAGCAAUACCAAUAUUUUUUAAAGGGAUGGGGGUUCUGGCAAACUGCAGGCUGGCUAGUUUAACAUGUGUUCCAGGAAACUUGUGAACAACUAGGACUCAUCCAGGAAAGACAGUCAGACCGUCAUAUAUUCUGAAAGGCCUCAGCUCCUGUGGAUCACUAAGAUUUGGCAUCCCCUUCCCUUAAAUUUGGCAACGUAACGUUCUGUAAAUCUUAUCCACACUUUCACUGAAAUUGAAUCCUGUAACACUGAAUUUGGGAGGCUGCGUUCUAAGUGGUGUGCAAACUUGCUUACUUGUGUGUCUGCAUUGAUUACUGCUCCUUCUCUUCACGUUCUGCGUUUUGUCGUCUAGUAGAGAAGAAACAAGAGCCCUUUACUUCUCCUGUUCUGAUCCAGAAUAUUUUUCAUUGCAAGCACCCUCUUUCCCUCUGAGCUGGACCAUCUCAGUUCCUUAAGGCUCAACCUCUUAUCUGAAGGUUGCAACUUUUAGUAAGCUGGAAGCCAUUUCUCUCUAGCCUCAGAUACGUGUGACAUGACUUUGGCUAUUUGUGAGUGGCAAAGCACUCUGCCCAUGCUCAGAUGCACUUUCGAGUUAAUUUGCUUGUUUGUUUCUGAUCAUCUACUUUUUAUCCGUGUCAAAUGAAUCUGCAUUUAAAAGUUUUAUUUGGUUUUACUCCAGAAGUAUUCCAGCACAUCUCGCCAUAAGUCAAGGGCUCUGGCUGUGUAUCCAUCCUGGGAUAUGACCUCCUUUGCAGGCUGUAAGCCUCGCUGCCCCAGGGAGGUGACGCAGACUGGGAAGUAGGUCAUGCCUCUGUUCAUGCCCCAGCUCGCUGCAUCCUGGUUGCACACACCCAGCCCAUCCUGCUGGCAGCUCCACGUGCCACCAAGACAUGAGGCCGGAGCCCAUAGGCGGGUCAGGGUGUGGGGUUUGGGCUGUUUAGCUGGAAAAUUAUUUUCUUGACUUGACCCAGAAUGAGAAAUAAAUGCAUGGGUCAAGGAAAGAGUUGAAGGAGAAGAUGUGGCCCAGGAGCAACUAGGGUGAAGAAAGUAGUGCAGGAAGCUCAACAGAUUUCAGCACAAAACAGAAAUGUAGAGUUGGAAUGGACUCCAAGGGUUAUCUAGUAGAACCCUCUGCAGGAAUCCUUUUGCACAACGUGAGGUUCGAACCCAUAACCCUGAGAUUAAGAGUCUCAUACUCUACCAGCUGCACAUUAGCAUUCACAUCCUUUCAGCUGGAUAGUGUUUGUUUGUUUAAAGCAUUUUUGACCUGUUCUUUCAGCUGAAAAGGCCCCUAGAGUGACUUAACUACAAUCAGUAGCAAGACAGCCCCUGGCCUCAGGUUUAUAUUCCAAAAGACAUGGCACACAAGGAAAAAGGGAUGGGGAGGGAGGAGGGGGAAAACCAGCUCAGCCAGCCAGGUACAGUUAUUGCGCCAACCAGCUGGGAUGAAAACAGGCAAAAUAACAUCUGAAAACCCUGGCUCCAAACUCCCAUCAUUUAAGUGAACACGUCCCAAUUUAUAUAGUCACAUAGGAAGCUACCUUAUACAAAGUCAGACCGUUGUCUGCACUGUCUUGCAAAGGCCCUCCUGUGUUUCAGGCAGGGGUCUAAUAAUAAUAAUAAUAAUAAUAAUAAUAAUAAUAAUAGAAUUUAUAUACCACCCUAUACCUGGAGGUCUCAGGGCGGUUCACCGAAUCAAAUCAAAAUAUAAAACCAAAAAAUACAUAAUCAAAAUAAAAACAACAACCUAAUAACGCCCCCCAAAAACCCCCACCACAUUUUAAUUGGCAGGUAUAUAGUGCCUGCAGUACCAUUAGCAACAAGGCACACUGACACUCAUUUGGUCCGCAGUUGGGGUGGUAAGAUUUGGUGACGAGCUGCAUAGCAGAGUUUCAUAUCUGAUCGUCAAGGGAUCUUGCGGCUUUGGAUUGUGUCAUAUUUUCCAUUUAUUUUUGAAGGGAGGGGGAGAAUAAUAGAGAUCUGCUUUUUUUAAAAUACUCUUUUUAGCACAAAUUGCUUUUAUGAAAUAUGAAACACCCCCACUUAACGUUUCUCUCCCCCCCCCCCCCAUGAUUUGGCCAGUGAAUUCUAGUUCCUUCCAGUCUGUUCAUAUGAAACAAAUAAAGCUUUUUCCUUAAAAGAAAAAGGGAAAUGUUUACACAGCGCCCUGCCUAAGCGAUGGUGCUCCCGUUGCUUCCUCUAUAAAAAAUUAUUCGUGUCAGAAAAAAAAGUUGUGCUUCAUUAAAGAAGCCCAGAGCAGCAGCCAAAUGAGCAAAUCACGUCUGGGGUGUGUGCCCUGGUGGGAUAUUCUCCCCAGCCCCAGCUGUGGGCAAAUGGCACAGCAACAUGCCAGUCACAUUGAAGGCUGCCCUGGACAAUGCCCUAGUUGUUUGCAGCCUCCUCCUGCUGCAGCUCCACGUAAUAUCUCCCCCUGCCUCCCUGCCUCUAUUGUCUCUUUGUGCAGAAACAGUUUCUAGGCCAGUAGGUUGUUGGCGCUGUGCCUGUGCUCUCUUUCUGGAGCUGUUGUGCAAUCCAUAAUCAUCAGACCUGUUUUGACUGCUUGGCUUGAUAAAUAUUCAGUGUUUACUGACCUAUAUUCCUGCUGCUUGUGCCUGAUGCGCGUAGAUCACAUGCAAAGGGAAAGAAGGGAAGGGGGGGAGCGCCACCGCCAUGGGGGAGCGUGCCACUACGUCCACAUGGCCCUGGCUUUCUCAGGGGAGGGGAGCUGGAGCAUUCCUCUGUAUGUGUCAUGGUGUCCAGGAGGAGUGGCAGCAUCGCUUUUCCUUAUACAACCUCCUUUGCCUGGUGGCCUGAUUCCUCGGUAGUCAGAACGGGACCAGGCGAAUGCUUACCUCGGAUCCAUAGGUUUCGCAGACCGUAUUCCCAACCUGGCACCGUUCAUCUCACACACAAAUACCGUAAGCCCUGCAGCCAGAGCCUGGAUGAGGCUGUGCGAGAGAGAGAGAAAUGGGAUUAGUUUUCCUGUGAGAGGGGAAAGAGAAAGCUCUUCUCAAGGUUUGUGAAAUAACAGGCAGCUGUGCAUGGACAUGUUUGGGGACGGCACUGGAGUAAAUGGAAUACAUCCCCUGUCCAACCAUCUCGUCCUCUGUCGUCCCCUUCUUCUUGUGCCCUCCAUCUUUCCCAACAUCAGGGUCUUUUCCAGGGAGUCUUCUCUUCUCAUGAGGUGGCCAAAGUCUUGGAGCCUCAGCUUCAGGAUCUGUCCUUCCAGUGAGCAGUCAGGGCUGAUUUCCUUAAGAAUGGAUAGGUUUGAUCUUCUUGCAGUCCAUGGGACUCUCAAGAGUCUCCUCCAGCACCAGAAUUCAAAAGCAUCAAUUCUUUGGCGAUCAGCCUUCUUUAUGGUCCACUUCCAUACAUCACUACUGGGGAAACCAUGGCUUUAACUAUACCCUAAUAUACCAGGUUGCAACCAUUUCCUUGCUUUAAGGCCCCCCUCUGUGCUGCAAAUAGUGUGCAUUCAGCUCCCCUUCCUUAGCUUGGCGUGUGCCUUUUAUAUGUGCCAUGCGCCCCUUCUAUGUCCAUAAGUCGUUACAAUGUGCGGUGCUGCCGGAGGCCCAUGUAGCAGAAGACUGGUUUGGGUCGCAUGCUUCAAGUAGGUGGGGAUAUGGUACACAGUGUGCGUUGACCAGCAAGCAGAACUUGUGUAUGUAUGUGCAUGAAAUCCCUUUUUGGGAGGGGAUGUUUGGGGGCUCCCUGAAGGGAGUGACCCCCAUGCAUGUGUGACCCCACCCACUGUGUGCAAGCACUCAUAUUUCUGGAGGGAACUGGAAUGUGGGGUGUGGCCCUUGUCUGCCAGGGGCUGUGGCACUGCUGCCUGAACCUGCUGGAUUAUGUAAAUGGAGCCUGAGGUGUGUGACAGCACUGGGCAGAGAUGUAACACCCUCCUUUUGUGUCCUUCCUCCUUAGGCAUUUCACUCCCUUCUGGGCCUGACGCAGCGGUUGCCACUGAUUCCUUCAUUUCCCACUGCGCCUGCCAGCCGGUAACAUCUCUGCUCCUGCCGUCUGGAUUCAAAGCCCCGCAGGUCUUGCAGUGAAUCGUCUUCCGGAUAGCAAAGAGUGACCAGAAAGUCUUCGAUUGCCUGGGCCUCCAGCCGAAAGAAUUCCUGCUUCUCUGGGUGUCCUGGAAGAUGCUCUCCUUGUGCUGGACAGUUCCCUUUGCACCGGUGGGAACUCGGAGCCCGUUUGACUGUUGCAGCUGGAGGACAGCUCAAGGCUAUAUUGUAAGUAGCGCCUUUGGCAGUACAGUUUGACAACAGCGUUGGGCGUAGGGUUCGGCAAGAAGUGCCCUUUCCAGCUUCAGCAAUUGGAGGGUAAACGUCCAAAGGGCAGGCAGGCAACGAGCACUUGAACGUUUGUGCUGAGGGAUUGCCAGACCUCCGCCGGCGACGCCAUGGAGAGUCUCAACUCGCCCACGCUGUGUUCGGCAGGGAGCUUCCCCGGAUUCCACCAGGACGGCAUGAUGCAGCGAGCCCGGGCGCUGAAGGGCAAGCCGAGUGCCAACUGCCGACGGAAGCGGGAAUUUAUCUCUGACGAGAAGAAGGACGCCAGCUACUGGGAAAAGCGCCGGAAGAACAACGAGGCCGCCAAGCGCUCACGGGAGAAGCGGCGUUUCAACGACUUGGUCCUGGAGAACAGGGUGAUGGCGCUGAACGAGGAGAACGUGCGGCUCAAGACAGAGCUCUUGCAGCUCAAGCUGCGCUUCGGCCUCAUCAGCACGGCGGCCUUCAUGGAGAAGAGCCAGCAGCUGAGCGCCGCCAGCGCCAACGCCAUGGCCCACUUCUAUGAGAGCAGUGAUGGCAGCAUGUACUCUGGCAGCUCUUUGUCCCGGGCGCAUCACUCGGAGGACUCCUCCGAGACGGAGCAGUCGAGUCGGGACAGCGGCAGUGUGUCCGCGGCCAAGUAUUCGUCCCGGGGCUCCCUCUCGGACAUGUCGGACGGCUCGUCUCGGGACAGCCCCAUGCCGCAAACGCUGGGGGAGGCCCAGGCGGUCAGCCGAGCCUACGGCGAGGCUCCCCCGCAGCGCCACCUGGAGCCCAAGACCCCGGUUCCUCGCGGGGUCAUCCUCUUCAGCGCCAAUGGCUUUACCGCAGUGGCAGCCCCCCAGCCUUUGCUUGAGGAGCGGGCAGGAGGACGCGGUGCUGGCGAGGCCCCCAAAAGCCCCUGCAUGGAGCAGGAAGGCCACAGCCAGCGGGAGGAGCUGCCCCCCCACCCAGGGUACUGCACAAAGCCCCCCAGCUACAGCACGCCCAGCGGUUAUUUGGAGGGGGAUCUGCCCCAAGUGGAGCACAUGAGGAAGGCUCAGGAGCCCCAAUCCCCCUUUGAGGGCUACAGCAGCGAGGAGAGCGGGGAAGAGCGCAGCUGGGGCGGCUCGCCUGUUCCCUAUCCGGGGCCGCUGGAUGCCCACCCCGAUGUCCGGACAGCAGCUCUCCCUCACAAGCUUCGCCUCAAGUGCAGGGCCCACAGUAGCGGAGUCCAAGAGCUGUUCCCUGGUCCCAGCACUGUCCCGGCCGGCUGCUGUCAGGAAGCCCCUGUGGCACCGGAUUGGGCUGGCGACCGGCCCGAGGAAAUGUCGGCCUUGGUGCGGCAAGCGCUGCUCCUCAACGAGCAGCCGGCCACAGGGGGCGCCCUGGAGAGACUUUUGUGCCGCGGCUCCGGCGUCCCCUCAGACAACUCGGUGCCCAAGGACCUUGUCAGCCGGUGGGAGGAAGGUUGCCAUGACGAUGGCCCUCGGGCCACUUGAAGGAGGCUCGGGUGUGGGUAAAAGAUGGUGGGCUUUUGUUUUUUAAACUGGGGUUUUGUAUACGAGAGAAAUUCUGCACAGCAGGAUCAGCCUUGGAUUUGGGGAGCGGAAGCGGGCCUUCGUCCACUCAGACCCCAGGGCCACAGGAUCAAGCAGAGGGGCAAUCAUGAGACACAAAGGGAUUGUGUCCCGGCUGGACUUGAAAGGGGUCUCAUGAGAAGGCAGGCUGUGGAGCUACUGAGACCUGGAAGUUGGUGGCCUCCCGGCUUGGAUGGGCCAGGGAUUCAGCACGUGGAGGGAACCUGUCUCUAAGCUCUGCUGGCUGUCCAGGCAGUCCCUGCAAGGAUAUUGUUACUUGAGCUGAUUUGGGGGCAUCGAGAUCCACGGAGAAGUUGGCAUCCAAUCCACCCUUCGCUGGUGCCGAGGCUCCUGGGUAGCUUCAGCCGGCACAGCUGGUGGUUUGCCAGGGACUGCAUCAUCUUCUGAGUCAGGAACUGCUUGGUUGGACAGAAAUAUUUGUGAUUUUAAAUACUAAAAUAAAUGUGCAGAAAAUUUCAAGAAA